AAUAUAAAGAAUCGGCGCUGUUACCCCUAUAAUCUCUGCUGUUGCUCUGAAAACAACGUCAUAACCUCGAUUUGGGUGAUGAAGUCUGUUGGCUUACACAUCUUCGAAAGUUCUUUUUUAGUAUAUUUUUGGUAAAUACCAAAUUUUCCACCAGAACAUGGAUUAUUUUGUGACAAAUAACUCAUUGGCACCUGCUCCAAUGGGUAUUCAAAGUACAGCGGGUGCUGUGCCCGUGAAAAACGAUAAAGGUGAAGUGUCGAUGAAAAAAGUAAAAGUCCACAGAUAUGUGUCGGGAAAGCGUCCCGAUUACGCGCCAAUGGCAAGUUCAGAUGAAGAAUCCGACGAAGAUGAUUUUUUGGACAAACGCAUGGGCAGAGUUCAUCCAGAUGAAAUUCAUGGAGGAGAAGAAUCAGAAAAUGAGAAGGAGGAUCCAAGUGCACAUGAUGAGGAAGAUCCACGAUUGCGGAGGCUGACACGUUUGGAACGACAGAAAGUAAAGCAGGAUGGAGUUGACGGUGGCUCGAAUGAUGAGGAGAAUGAGGGACGAGAUAUUGAAAUUCGUAGUGAGAGACAUCGUCGGGUGCACGAGCCUGAGAUACUAGAAACAACAGAGUCAGAGAGACCUCGAGAGAGGAUAAAGCUCGAAAGUUCGGAUGAUUCUGAGGACGAAGACUUGUCAGACACUGAGAUCGAGAGAAGGCGUGAGGCGCUUAGGGCUCGAGUUCUUUCCAAAAAAGAUACAGUUGAGGAGUUGAUGCAUGAUGAUGAAGAAGAGAAGUCGGGGAGUAGCAGUGACGAAAGUUCUGAGUAUGAGGAGUACACAGACUCUGAGGAAGAGACUGGGCCUAGAUUGAAACCAGUAUUCGUCAGGAAGAAGGACAGAAUUACAGUUAUGGAGAAGGAGAAAGAAGCUAUCAAACAGAAACAGGCAGAAGCCGAAAGUAAGAGACUGGCUGAAGAGAGGAAGAGGCAGACACUUAAAAUGGUGGAGGAAGCUAUUCGCAAGGACACUCCGAGUACUAAAUCUGUGGAUACUAUUGAGGGACAAUUGAAUGAUGUCUGCACUGAUGAUGAGAAUGAUGAAGUGGAAUAUGAAGCUUGGAAAUUGAGAGAGUUGAAGAGAAUUAAACGGGAUCGUGAAGAACGAGAAGCAAUCGAGAAAGAACGUAUGGAGACCGACAGACUUCGUAACUUAACAGAGGAGGAGAGACGUCAGGAAGCCCGGAUUAAUCCAAAGGUUGUCACCAAUAAAGCCGCCAAAGGAAAAUACAAAUUUCUGCAAAAGUUUUAUCACAGAGGUGCAUUCUAUCUGGAUAAGGAUGAAAAUGUAUUCAAACGUGAUUUCUCCGGAGCAACACUUGAGGAUCAUUUCGAUAAAACUGUUUUGCCAAAGGUAAUGCAAGUGAAGAACUUUGGUAGGAGUGGAAGAACCAAAUAUACUCACCUCGUGGAUCAGGAUACCACUCAAUUCGACUCACCCUGGAUCUCUGAAACUGCUCAAAAUCUUAAAUUUCAUAAUAAUCAAGCAGCGGGAAUGAAACAAAUGUUCGACAGACCGUCACUGAAAAAACGAAAACCCAUGAAUUGAAAAAUCAUUCAAUUUAUUGGCGUAACCAUUUAAUUUAUACAAACUGAUAUAUUUAAAAUACAUUCUGUAAUAAAGUGAGAAAACGAAUCUUAAUGUCA